UAUCGAACACAAUUAUCCUAUUUUUGUUGAAAUUAUAACUGAAAAACAUUUAAAGACUAGAAAAAAUUAAAAUCUGCCAAACGCUGGUAACCAGGCCUAACAGAGGAGGCUAUAAUCGUCAUGGCCACGCUUCCGCCACGCAAGAGUCAGACGCCCACGAGGAUCUGUAUCUCGAAGCAGCAUUUGACGCCGCUCCAAACAUUACUUCAAAUGGGCUUUCCCAGGCACAGGGCGGAGAAAGCUCUGGCUUCCACAGGCAAUCGAGGAGUUCAGAUUGCUUCGGAUUGGCUGCUGGCUCAUGUCAACGAUGCCACCUUAGACGAAUGCUCUCCCAGGGAAUACAUAAUAUAUGCCUGUCCCACGGGUCCAUUUCUGCAGCAGCUGGAGGAGUUCUGGGCCAAGUCCCGCCAAAUGUGCGGCUGGAACGGAGCUCAUAACUAUGUGCCCCACAUAACCCUGGUCUCUUUUUUUAAGGCUCCCGAUGAGUGCUCCCUGCAGCUUUCGAAGGCUCUUAAACAGGUAGUGGACAUGACGGGCGCCUUGCUGGAUCGCCCUCUCAAGUUGGAGCCCUACAUGAGUCAGAACUUCAUGGGCUUCUUCGUGGCCGAGGAGGAUGCCAACUAUUUGAAACGGCUGGCCUUGCAAUACGUCAAGGAGGUGUCCAACUCAAUCAUUAGCGAUACCUAUGAGCAGUUGGACGCUAUUGUGGCCUGCUUCCCCUGGUGUGGAGCUGUCUCCUCGGGCACCCGCUGCAUUCCGCGCAGCAGUCGAUCCAUCUCACUCGAGCCACACGUAAAGAGCCUGCACCUGACGCUUGCCUACCAGUUCCCGCAGGCACAGUUCAAUGCACUGAAAGCACUCGUGGAGACUUUAGACGCCGGCUGCGCAUCCAAUUGGGAGUUGCGGCUCUAUUCACGCGAUCCUCGACUCGCCACUAAACAAGUCCAGAAGGUUGUAUAUCCACACAAUCCGCACGAGACGGAUGAAUUAGAGCUUCGUAUCGGCGACUAUAUCUACUUGAACACUGAAGUAGUGGACAGUUCCAGUGACGGUUGGGCAGAAGGCAUAUCCUGGUUGACCGGGAGCACAGGGCACCUGCCCGUCAAUUACACCGAACGCACUGCCGAAUCGGACGCCUGGACCCUUCAUCGGGUGGUGCAGCUUUCCAAGAGCGUCGCUUCCUCCCUGACUUCAGCCGAGGACUUGGACAUUGUGGACGGACGUAGUAUAUCGACGGAACCCGAAGAACGUCAGCACACAGCACAUCCCGAGAUAAUUGAGGGGUCAUCGUUUGAGGAAUCCGAGCAGAGCGUGGAAAAAUAUUUGCGACAGACCUUGAAGCCCUGCCUGGAACUUCCUUCAGUGCAGCUGCUCAACAGCCACAACUUGAACCAUCAGCACAACCCGAAUACGCCCACGAUCGAAAUCACAACCAAUAUGUCUUCCAGCUCCACCUCAGUGUCUAAACAGCCAGUGGAUGAGAUUUUGGUGGAACCACCGGCAGCACAACCACCGUGUCCAGACGACACUCUCAGCGUGCACUCGGAUCACUCGUUACAACCCAGUACUCUGGAUGCCUCGCAUGCCAAGAACCGUAAGAUCUAUAUCAUGCGCCAUGGUGAAAGGGUGGACUUUACUUUCGGGACAUGGAUUCCCUACUGCUUCGAUGAGUUUGGAAACUACAUGAGGAAGGAUCUGAACAUGCCCAAGACGUUGCCUCGUCGGAAAAACAGUCCCGAGGGUUGGCAGAAUGACUCGCCGCUGACGAAUGUUGGUGUCUAUCAAGCCAGUCUCAUUGGUCAGGCUUUGUUUGAGGCCCAAGUCCAGAUUGAUCACGUCUACUGUUCGCCCUCAUAUCGGUGCAUCCAGACUUGCACUAGUGCACUGGAGGGGCUUAAGCUUACAAGCAAGCACAAGAUCAAGCUGGAGCCGGGCCUAUUUGAAUGGAUGGCUUGGUAUCCCAGUGGCGUUCCCGACUGGCUGACUAAGAAUGAGCUAAUCGAGGCCAAUUAUGACGUUGAUCUGGAUUAUGAGCCUGUGCAGCCUUCGUCGGAUCUAACCGUUCGCCUCAAGGAGUCCACCGAACAGUUUUAUGAACGAAACCACGACGUUAUCCUGCAGCUGUUGGAGCAAACAACUGGCAAUAUUUUGGUUGUGGCGCAUGCCACAACACUGGACACUUGCUCCCGGCAGCUGACUGGUGGAGUACCACGAAGCACGAACGAACUACGCCAGGUGAUUCACAAGAUCCCUUAUUGUAGCCUGGCCACAGUGGAACAAGUGGACGGCGUCUGGAAGCUGGUGGAGCCCGAGUGCCUGCCGGUGACCCACUCGAAGAAUCCGCGAUUUGAGUGGAACGCCUUAUCGGCCACCUAGUGCCAGUGCUUAGAGCAGUUUCUGUGCAAGCAUUGAGACUGAUACUCGAUUGGGAUGGACAAGGAUGUGAAUCACACGCUGACGGAAAUAUACGUAAAUUGUUUUUGGUUUAGCUAACUGAAAUCUGUAUGAUUUACUGCUCGGAAAUUGGCGCUACAUUAAGUUGUUUGUACUGCCAUAUAAAUUGAAAGUUAUUUAGACUUACAUGUAUGCUGCAAAGCGAUGGAAUUUGUUGUGGAAUACAAAACAAAUACAUCUAUUAUUAUUGGCCUGCUUAUUGUAAAACGAGCCUCAUACUUUAUUGCAAUCAAUGAAAUCUAUUGACCAUAUAUUGAAUAUAUACAUUUAUACCAUACGCCAGUAAUUAUACUAAUUGAGCGAUUGCUCACCGCUUUAGCCAUAGAUUAACUUGCUCUGUUACUAGCUUAGUUGUUAAACCACUUGAUUAGCCUUGCUGCGUAGCGCAGCUUUUUUGUAGCAAUAUAUCCAAGAGGCAGAUUUUUCUUAGCAACCUGUUGAGAUUACUCCAUACGUAAAGCCCAAACAUAUAUCGAUAUUAUCGACUAGAUUUAGAAGUACAAACCCAUGUAACAACGCACAGCAUAAUGGAACAAUAAACAAUAUACAUU